GUAAACAAUUUACAUUUGAUAUACCGUAAGACUAACACUUGUUAUCUUUUUUUUGUUAAUUUUUUUGCUUUUGUCAACAUUAUCUGAGUUAAUUAUUGUUUGGUUGAUCAUCCAUCCUCUCAGGCUAUCUGUUUUAUUACUUGUGUCAUUUAAUCAUCAUAAUGAUCAUUGUUAAAUUAUUGAUGGUAAUGGUAAAUGGAUUAGUUUUAUUAGUGAUGAUGCGAAUGAGAAUGAGAAUACUGAUGACGAUUUUGAUGACAAUGAUAAUUUUUUCUUUCAAUUGCUACUCAAUUGACCAAGCAUAAUGGCCCGUAAAAGUUUUUACACUGUUGUUGAAGGUUCCGUCAAUUCAUUGGCGAUCAAUAAGGACGCCAACCAUGUUGUGGUCGCAGGUCGUAAUGUGCUCAAAAUGUUUGAGAUCCGAGAUGAUACCAAUUCUUUUGUAGAAAAGAUCAAUUUACGAGUUGGUAAAAACCAAUUUAACUACAAUACAAAUGACAUUGCCUGGAGUCAUUUGGAUGAAAGUCUCUUGGCAACUGCGGCAACUAAUGGAAUGAUCUACAUUUGGAAUGUGGAAAGAAAUGCUCGCGGAAAGGUUGAAAAUGUUUUUACUGACCACCGAAGAACUGUGAAUAAAAUUUGUUUUCAUCCUGGAGAAGGUUUCCUUCUUCUCAGUGGCUCACAAGAUGGAACCAUGAAACUGUUUGAUGUAAGAAAAAAAGAAGCCAGUGCAACGUUCCCAUCAAUGUCGGAAAGUGUCAGAGAUGUCCAAUUUUCACCCUUCCGUAAUUAUAAUUUUACCGCGGUCCAAGAAAAUGGUAACGUUCAAAUAUGGGACCUUCGGCGUAAUGAUAAACCUGAGAAGCAAUUUACUGCUCAUAAUGGCCCUAUUUAUGCCUGUGAUUGGCAUCCAGAGGACAGAAAAUGGCUCGCAACUGCAGGACGUGAUAACACAAUCAAAGUGUGGGACAUUUCAAAGAAACCUAACUGCUGCUAUUGCAUUCAAACGAUGACCUCUGUAGCUCGCGUCGUUUGGAGACCUCAUCGCCGCAAUAACAUUGCCAGUAGCUCUCUUAAUGUUGAUUUUAGUGUCUAUGUUUGGGACAUUGAUCGUCCUUACGUUCCUUUUGCAGCUUUCACUGAACACCCUGAUGUUACAACUUCUAUUCUAUGGAGAAAUGAUCCACACACACUAAUCUCGGCUGGUAAAGAUGCUACACUUUAUCAACAUGCUUUCAAAGAUGCUGAACGACCAGCUAGUCACGCAAAUAACGUUGGUUUAGCCUUAAAUAUUCACGGUGAUGUUGCUCUUGCAAUCUCAGAUUACAUUCUUAAAUCAAAUAACAACAAUUCUAACAAUGAUCAUUCAAAAAAUUUGAACCGAGAAACAACUGUUGGUAAUUCAACUUUUUUCCCAGCUAUUGCAAGCUAUGCUCUCAAUUCGAAUUCAAAUCUAAAUUUUUCACAAUUUACUUCGGACAAGAUUAAUCCAUUCAAGAAAAAUACUGAUCUUACUGAAAAAUUUAAAUGCUCUUCAAGUUCGCUGAAAAUUUUUCACAACACCAAUAUGGAAAAAUGUUUAUCAAUGGAAUGGUUUGUUGCCACUGCUUUAAGGUAUAAGUUGUUUGGUAAACCAUUUGCUGAACUAUGUGAACACAACGCUGAAGUUUCCAAGGAAUUAAAUCGAGCUCAAGUUGCUCAAACAUGGAAAAUUUUACGGCUACUCUAUUCAACCACCAAAUUCGGUCAAAAUAGUGGAUCAAGUGAAAUGCGAUCCUCAGCGACAAUUGGAGAAAGGCCUACCGGUGAAAGUAAAUCUCGCCAUGUUAGUAAAGGCACUAGUGGUGGAGGAAGUGUAGAGCCGCGUCCCGGUGGAGACAAUCGUGUAUCUUCAACUUCUAGUAUUAACUCACUAUUAAUUGGCGGGACUAGAUUAUUCAAUAAUAAUGAAUCAAAUGCUAAUCAUGAUAAUGAAGCAACUAUUUCCUAUCUAAAUGAUGCUAAACAGCCUGUUGAUGCAUCAACAUCAGCUAUCGAUGAUCAAAGUGGCUUUUUCUUCGGGGAAGAAGAAAUUGUAUCAUCAAUGACCAAUUUUACCACAGAUUUCGAUUUGACACCCUCAUCAACUCUGUUCGAUGGACUUGAAAAUAAUCAUCUAUUUACUGAAUCAUUCCGUACUACCAUUAAUGAAAGUUAUCUUCUUCCUGAAAUUUUUCCUUCACACCAUCCUCAUCAAUCUCAUUAUCAUCAUCAUCUUCUUCGAGAAUCCGGUUCAUCUGAUCUGGAUGAUACAGACAGUCUGGAUGGAAUCAACAAAGAUGUUCACCAUUCAUCAUUGGAAGACUCAGAUGAACCUGCAAAAUAUCUUCUCACCUCCAACUUACCACCCCUUCCAACUUGGAAAUUCAAUGAUCUUGUGAUAGAAAUGUUACAAGAUUACGCAAAUAAGGGAGAUAUUCAAACGACCGUAUCAAUGAUGAUAGUUUUAGGAGAAAGGCUCAAGAAUUCUCUUGAUGAAUCAGUUCAAGAAUUUUGGGUCCACUCUUAUAUCGAACUUUUAAGUCGUUUUCAACUUUGGAAUGUUGUUAAUCAGAUUAUCCGAGCCUGUAAUUUACCCAAUAUUAACAGCAUCAAUCAAACAUCAACAACCAUUUAUACAAGCUGUGGUAAAUGUCAAAAAGGUUCUGCAAGUAAAGUUGGAUGGCUUUGUGAUAAAUGUAAAGCUUUGCCUUCUCAAUGCUCAAUAUGCCAUGAAAUAGUUAAAGGACUGUAUAUAUGGUGUCAAGGCUGCUCUCAUGGUGGUCAUCUUCAACAUAUCACUGAAUGGCUUAAAAGAAGUCGAGAAUGUCCAUCUGGAUGUGGCCAUCUUUGUGAAUACACUUGAUUACCAAAUAUUUUCUUUUUCAUUUAUUUAACGCAAUUAUUAUUAUUAUUAUCACUAUUUCUACUCUCGUAUUUCAUUUUCAACUCUAUAUUAUUACUAUAAAAUGGACCUUCUUGAAAAGCAAAGCCCAGAAUCCUAAACCAAAAGACAAUAGAAUUCUAUUUCAUAUUAUUCAGAUUCUAUUCGAAAUAGUCUGAAAAAAUCAAAAUAUCAUCAAUUUGUAAACAAACCUAUUCGAAAUAUUUGUCGAGAAAACAGUUUUUUUUCAAACUACAACCAAUAAUAUUCAUUUCCUUUCCCGAUAAAUUUCUAUUGGUAAAAACAUCAUUGUCCUCCAAUACCUUAUUGUGUACACAUCCAAUUGUAUUCAUUUUGUUUUUAAUCUUUUCAUCAAUCAACAAUGAAUUUUGUUAACGAUUACAUAAAACUCAUGUUGGUAUAAAUUGAGUAAUAAUUCAGCCAAAUUA